UAGGCUGGGGUGAGGCAGCUUGUAAAAUGUUCUCUGCUCAGAGUCCAAUGCUUGGUUAGUUCACUUCCUGGAGAUACCUGCUCUGACUGUCCACCUCUUCUUCUCUUUGAUGGGGACCACUGGGCCCACUACCACCUCCCACCCCAGCAUUAGCCUGCUCAGGGCCUGGCCUGCAGGAGAACCUUGGAGUUACAUAUUUCAAGCUGUACACAUGAUGCUGUUCACACAUGUCCCCACAAGCAGGCAUACACAAGGGUUGGCAGGGCAGGGACAGACCAUCUGGGUGGGGACUGGGAGAUUCUGGAGCCUGAGGAUGGCAGAAGAGUCCCCUUCAUCAGGCUGUGUGGUCAGUAGUGACCACAGAUAAUAACAACCUUAGCAUACCCUGCAGUCUGCUCCCUCCUCAGGAAUGGCCAGGAGGCGGGGAAAGGAACAAAGCCAAAGUCAGCAUCCUAUUGUGGCCUGCUUUGUUCUAAGAAGGCUCAUGGACCAAGGCUGAGGCCUGCCAGCAUCAAGGAUGCCCUACAGAAUGUUCUCCAUCUUUCUUCUGUCCAUCUAAGUGCUUAUACUUGCAAAAGGGAGCAAAAGGGGGCAGAAAUAGUUCUGGAAAGUGGCAAGGGGUGGGUGUGGGGAGACCCAAGGCGGGAUCAGGCUGUGGAACGCUGGAGGUUUCCGGCCACAGAGGCAGAGCCUCCUGGAAGCCAAGAGGGGCGGGGAGACACACCAAGAGAAUCUGAGGAGACCAAGAGUUGAGACAGACCAGAUCAUCGGGAGGGAGGCAGAAGAGAAAGACAAGCAGAGUGGAGGAUCAAGAGGCUAGUGAGCUGCCAAUAUAGGACCAGGACACCCGCCAGUCUGAGACCCCCAGUCCUAUCUAUCCUGCCCAUAGGACCGGGACACUUGCCAGUCUGAGACUCCCAGUCCUAUCUAUCCCAGUCAUUCUGAACUUUACUAGUUUGAGUGCUGGGAAGCCCAGCUGGAUGCAGGCAGCCUGGCUUUUAGGGGCCCUAGUGGUCCCUCAGCUUUUGGGUUUUGGCCAUGGAGCCCGGGGUCCUGGAAGGGACUGGGAGGGAGGCUGGGGAGGUGCCCUGGAGGAAGAGCGAAAGCGGGAAUCACUGAUGUUGAAGGAGGCCCUGGGGCUGCCCACUGGGGUGGGAAGUAAUGAUAGUCUUGCUGGAAAUCCUGAAGUCGAAGAGGUCUUGGGGACCAAGGAGACCCAAGGGGAAGAAGAGGAAGAUGAAACCACAUCACCUAUUUCCAGUUCCAACCAUUUCCCCAGCCCUUCUCCCACACCAGAGGACACCAUCAGUUAUAUCUUGGGCCGUUUGUCCGGCCUGGAUGCAGGCCUACACCAAUUGCAUAUUCGUCUGCACGCUUUGGACACCCGUGUGGUCCAGCUGACCCAGGGACUGCGGCAGCUACGAGAUGCUACAAGUGAUACCCACGACUCCGUGCAUGCGCUAAAGGAGGCACAGGUCCGGGCUGAGCAGGAGCACGGCCGCCUGGAGGGCUGUCUGAAGGGCGUGCGCCUGGGCCACAAGUGCUUCCUGCUCUCGCGGGAUUUCGAGACUCAGGCGGCUGCGCAGGCGCGGUGCAAGGCGCGGGGCGGGAACCUAGCGCAGCCGGCAGACCGCCAGCAAAUGGAUGCGCUAGGCCGGUACUUGCACGCUGCGCUCGCCCCCUACAACUGGCCGGUGUGGCUGGGCGUGAACGACCGGCGCUCGGAAGGGCUCUACCUUUUCGAGAAUGGCCAGCGCGUGUCCUUCUUCGCCUGGCACCGCGCACCCAGCCCGGAGCCUGGAGCCCAGUCUAGCGCGGCAUCACAUCCACUCAGUCCGGAUCAGCCCAAUGGCGGCGUCCUGGAGAACUGCGUGGCGCAGGCCUCAGACGACGGUUCCUGGUGGGACCAUGACUGUGAGCGGCGCCUCUACUUCGUCUGCGAGUACCCUUUCUAGAGUGCCAGUCCUUGCCUCAGAGCUCUACUUCGUGUACCCUACUGUCUGGGGUCGCUCAGAGGUUUACAAUAACCAUGAAUAAAUUUUAAUAAGAAAA